AUGGUAUCGGAUUUCUUCUAUCCCAACGCGGGAGGAGUCGAAUCUCAUCUAUAUCACUUGUCACAGCGACUCAUCCAACGAGGACACAAGGUCAUUAUUAUCACACAUGCAUACGGAGGCAGGACAGGGAUCCGAUGUCUCACAAAUGGCCUCAAAGUAUACCACGUCCCCAUGAUGGUCGUUUUUCAGGCGGCGUCCCCUCCAACCCUGUACGGUUUCUUCCCUAUCUUCCGUUCCAUUGUCCUGCGAGAACGGAUAUCAAUUGUGCAUGGUCAUCAAGCCUUUUCCUCCAUGUGUCAUGAGGCCAUCAUCCACGCAAGAACUAUGGGACUCAAAACGUGCUUCACAGAUCACUCUCUCUUUGGGUUUUCAGACCCCAGCAGUAUUGUCAUGAACAAGUUCCUGAAGUUCACACUUUCGGAUAUUGAUCAUGUCGUCUGUGUAUCCCACACAAGUAAAGAGAACACCGUUCUCCGUGCUGCCCUGACACCUCAAAAUGUUUCGGUGAUCCCCAACGCUGUCAUUGCAUCGAGAUUCAAGCCCGAUCCCACACGCGUAUCGCUCCCAAUAGCCACCAUUGUGGUCAUAUCUAGGCAGACAUAUCGAAAGGGAAUGGAUCUAUUGGUGGCGGUGGUGCCAAGGAUCUGCCGGAAAUAUUCAAAGGUCCGAUUUGUCAUCGGCGGAGAUGGACCGAAGAGAAUCGAUUUGGAGCAGAUGCGAGAGAAGAACCUGUUGCAUGAUAGAGUGGAGUUCCUGGGGUCUAUCAAGGCCCAUGAAGUCCGGAAUACACUGGUACGCGGACAAAUUUUCUUGAACACCAGCUUGACGGAGGCGUUCUGUAUCGGCAUUGUGGAAGCAGCAUGUGCUGGUCUCCUUGUCGUCAGCACCAAAGUUGGUGGAGUUCCAGAAGUCCUCCCGAGGCAUAUGAUCCAUUUUGCGAAGCCGGAAGAGGAUGACCUUGUUGAGGCGCUUGAUCGUGCUAUCGAGAUGAUUCAGCGCAAGGAAGUCCAGCCCGCGAAAUUCAACGACGAACUCAAGGAGAUGUAUAGUUGGGUAAAUGUUGCGGAGAGGACAGAAAAAGUUUACGACGCGAUCUCUCAAACGAGAGAUCCGCCGCUCAUAGAGAGACUUCGGAGUUACUAUGGAUGUGGAGUAUUUGUUGGCAAACUGUUCUGUAUCAUGAUCGCACUCGACUAUUUGUUUUGGGUUUAUCUUGAGUGGAUUCUUCCAAGGGACGAAAUUGAGCCCGCCCCGAAGUUCCCGUAUAAGAAGUUCAAAAAGGUAAUAAGAGAUGGUUUUUAUGUAAAGGUUCUUCAGCGAAAGGGUCUUGCAUUGUCGCCAGCAACUUACUGUCUUCACCCUUUGUAA